AUGGACCCGUACAAGCACCGGCCGUCGAGCGCCUUCAACGCCCCGUACUGGACCACCAACUCCGGCGCCCCCGUAUGGAACAACGACAACUCCCUCACCGUGGGAGCACGAGGUCCCAUCCUGCUUGAGGACUACCACCUGGUGGAGAAGCUGGCCAACUUCGACCGUGAGCGGAUCCCGGAGCGCGUGGUGCACGCCCGGGGCGCCAGCGCCAAGGGCUUCUUCGAGGUGACCCACGACUUCACCCACCUGUCGUGCGCCGACUUCCUGCGCGCCCCGGGCGCGCAGACCCCCGUGAUCGUGCGCUUCUCCACGGUGAUCCACGAGCGCGGGAGCCCCGAGACGCUGCGCGACCCGCGCGGGUUCGCCGUCAAGUUCUACACCCGGGAGGGCAACUGGGACCUGGUGGGCAACAACUUCCCCGUCUUCUUCAUCCGCGACGGCAUGAAGUUCCCGGACAUGGUGCACGCGCUCAAGCCCAACCCUAAGACGCACGUCCAGGAGAACUGGCGCAUCCUCGACUUCUUCUCCCACCACCCGGAGAGCCUCCACAUGUUCACCUUCCUCUUCGACGACGUCGGCAUCCCCGCCGACUACCGACACAUGGACGGCUCCGGGGUGCACACCUACACGCUCAUCAACCGCGCCGGCAAGGCCACCUACGUCAAGUUCCACUGGCGCCCCACCUGCGGCGUCAGGUCGCUGCUGGACGACGAGGCCGUCGCCGUGGGCGGCGCCAACCACAGCCACGCCACCAAGGACCUCACCGACGCCAUCGUUGCGGGCAACUUCCCGGAGUGGACGCUCUACAUCCAGACCAUGGACCCCGAGCACGAGGACCGCUUCGACUUCGACCCGCUGGACGUGACCAAGACGUGGCCCGAGGACGUGUUCCCGCUGCAGCCCGUGGGGCGGAUGGUGCUCAACCGCAUCAUCGACAACUUCUUCGCCGAGAACGAGCAGCUGGCAUUCUGCCCGGGCCUCAUCGUCCCCGGGAUCUACUACUCCGACGACAAGCUGCUGCAGACCAGGAUCUUCUCCUACUCCGACACGCAGCGCCACCGCCUGGGACCAAACUACCUGCUGCUCCCGGCCAACGCGCCCAAGUGCGCACACCACAACAACCACUACGACGGCUUCAUGAACUUCAUGCACCGCGACGAGGAGGUGGACUACUUCCCCUCCAGGUACGACCCUGCCAAGAACGCGCCGAGGUACCCAAUCCCGACCGUCCACAUCACCGGCCGCCGAGACAAGACUGUGAUUGGCAAGGAGAACAACUUCAAGCAGCCUGGGGAGAGGUACCGCGCAAUGGACCCAGCCAGGCAAGAGCGAUUCAUCAAGAGAUGGGUCGACGCGCUCUCUGACCCCCGCCUCACCCACGAGAUCAGGAGCAUCUGGCUCUCCAACUGGUCUCAGGCCGACAGAUCUCUGGGCCAGAAGCUUGCGAGCCGCCUCAGCGCCAAGCCGAGCAUGUAA